GUGAUUCACUCACAACAAGUUUAAAUAAAUAAAAAAGAUGCUUAAGUAGCAUAUCUAUUCAAAAUAAAUUUGAAAAGGACGACAGCACGAAAUGAGAAAGACAACCUAACACGUACGUUACAGUCUACAACCUUACCACCACUUAUUAAACCUUACAUUGUUCGACAGUUUUCAUUUGACUAUUGAAUACAAUAAACAUCAGAAGUAGUUUUAUCGCUAGCUGUUUUGUUACUAACUAGCAACGUUGAAAGUUUCCAGUAGUGAUACAGCGAUCGGGAAAAAAGGCGGGCAAUUUGAAACAACGCCAACAAGACAGUCGAAGAUGUGGUGCAGUUGUUAUUGCUAAUUGUUCUUAAUAUCUAGUGUGUUGUAUUUUUCUUGUUUUUUUUUUUUGUUUUGGACGUACGAAUAUGAAAAAGAAAACUAUUAUCACGCAGUGUGACCAUACAAACCAAAAAUUACCACUGAGGAGAAUUUUGCGGCAGUUCUUAGCAACAGUGUGUAUUGGAAGCGUCUCCCUCGGCGCUUCAAUAUCCUGGACGUCUCCGGUACUUCCCCAAUUGGAAUCCGUAAAUUCCACUGUGCGUGUAACAACAGAGGAAGCUUCCUGGGUCGGAUCAACGUUAGCCCUUGGUGCUUUAAUAUCAGCAAUACCAGCAGGCUAUGUUGCCGAUCGUUUCGGCAGAAAAACAUGCACUUUGGCUUUUGUGGUACCAGUUUUACUGUUUUGCGGACUUAUUUUGACAGCAACGAACGUUUAUUACCUUUACGCGGCUAGAAUGUUGUCAGGGUUCGCGACGGGGGGCGUUUCGGUGGUGGCCCCCAUGUACAUAGGGGAGAUAUCGGACGUUCAACUGAGGGGAAUCCUGGGGACAUUCUUUGAACUCCUUAUCUACGUUGGGAUUCUAGUCUCAGCUGUGCUGGGUGCUUACGUAAACUAUAUUACUUUGACGGUGGUACUGGGUGUCAUUGCGGGGGUGUUGGGGGCGUGUUUCGUGUUUUUCCCCGAAAGUCCCACCUACUUGAUGAUGAUAAACAAGAAGAGCUUGGCGGAAAAGUCGUUGAGGUUCUAUCGGGGGAAGAAGUACGACGUCAGUAAAGAUUUGGACUUGAUCCAAGAGGAACUGGACUUGAUAGACAAGAGGAAGGGUAGUUUGUGGGAUUUGUGGAAGUCGAAGGCCGCGAUGAGAGGCCUUGUGGCUUGCGUGGGGUUGACUGCGUUCCAACAGUUGUGCGCAGUGGACGCGGUCAUGUUUUAUUGCGUUUACGUUUUUCAAACGGCCGGAACGUCCAUCGAUGCCUACACAUCGUCUGUUAUCACCUCGGUGAUCCAAUUGAUUUCGGCAACGUUCGCAGUUUUCGUAAUCGAGAAGUUCAAUCGGUGCACAUUUCUGUACAUUUCGACCUUCGGCCUCGGCAUAAGCCUCGCUUUGUUUGGCGCCUACUUCCAGAUAAAAAAUGCAGGCUAUAACUUCCAGGGAAUGGAUUUGAUUCCGUUGGCGUCGAUGAUAAGUUACUUUAUAUUUUUCGCGGUUGGUUUGGGGCCGAUUCCGUGGCUCAUAAACGGCGAGUUGUUCUCGUCGGAAAUCAAAGGUCCGGCUAAUGGUAUUACCAUAGCGACGAAUUGGACAAUGUUGUUCCUCGUUACUAAGUCGUUUCCGGUGAUGCUGGAUAAAAUGGAACCGCAGUACACUUUUUAUUCGUUCGCGGCCCUUAUGGUUUUGUGUCUGGUUUUCAUAAGGUUUUGCGUGCCGGAGACCAGGGGGAAAACUUUACCCGAUAUCCAAGUAGAAUUAAGCAAAUAAAUAAAGGAAAACGAUGUAAUAUAAUUAAUGGUAAAAAAAUCUGUGAUUCCUUAGAUCAUAUUUAUUAACAAUUUGUUAUUAUGUUUUAGAACUAUCGUAGAAUUUUUAACUCUUAAAAUAUUGUACCCAUACGCCUCUAUACCUAGUUUCCUAGUUCGUUUUUCGUCUUGCUGGGCCAAGACCUUGUACAUUGUUAUUAUUAUACCUGUUAUAUUUAAGAAUUCGUAAUUAUAGUUGUGUACAAAUUAGACAAUUUUUAAUCUACGUUUGUAAGAUAUUAUUAGGAAUUUACCACGUGUGUAGACAUUGUUUAAUAUACUUAUGUGUAUGUAUUAUUUACAACA